AUGGACACUCAUGCCACGAAGAUAAUCACCUUCACCGAGGUCGACGAGCUCAAUAACCCAACAUCAACCUAUAUCUACUCCGAACCCUCUCCAGGGCCUGCAUCACCCAUCGGUGAAAAAGAGGGCCAGGUCGCCGGCCGCGUAGAUGUAGCGCAUACUUCCUCUAACUCAGCACCAUGGUCUCUAGGCUCGCUACAAAGUCUCUUAAUAGACGUGUUUCUUCCAGCAGGUUAUCCGCAUAGUGUUAGCGAUGACUAUGUCCCAUAUCAAAUAUUCGACUCUCUCCAAGCGUUCAGCAGUUCCAUUGCCGGCUUAUUAGCAUCGCGAGCCGUUCUACAAGGCGUGGGAGUCGGAAAUGCUGAUGCCUCUCCAACGUCUGCUCUCCUUCUUCACAUCCUCCAAGAUACAUCUGGACGAGUUGCAACGAUUCUCUUCGCGCACCGCGUCGGAACGGCCCUCGAGCCGGAAUGUAAGAUGUACCGCUUCGCAGCGGACAUUUUUAACGAUCUCGCCAUGGUACUCGACUGCUUGUCGCCCAUGAUCCCGGCCGGGGUCAGUCGAGUAACUAUUCUCAGUGCCGCUGGUGUGCUUCGUGCGCUCUGCGGCGUCGCCGGAGGAAGCUCGAAAGCUAGUCUGAGUGCUCAUUUUUCGAAAUGGGGGAACCUCGCCGAGAUCAAUGCCAAAGAUUCAUCGCAGGAAACGGUUAUCUCUCUGAUCGGGAUGCUGGUCGGAUCCUUAGUUGUCUCCCACAUCACGGGCUUCGCAGCAACAUGGAUCACUCUCAUCCUCCUUUUGACUCUUCACCUAUCUCUUAACUACGCUGCUGUGUGCUCUGUACAGAUGACUACCCUGAACAGACAACGGGCCAAUAUCGUCUUCUCAACCCUUCUUUCCUCAGACCCUGACUUUCCCGACCUCGCCUCAAACCUAGAACAACAGAAGCAGGAACAAAAACGCCAAUCAAGCGCAAAAGAAACGCAAAAAUUAUCAGUCCUAACCCCAGCGCAAGUCUCAAAACAAGAACGGAUCUUCAACGCAGGCGGCGCGCUCACUUGGUACGCUUCUAAAUCCUCCUCAACAGGAUCACCAGAAACAGAAACAGAAACAUUAGGAUCAUGUCAGAUUGGCGCUUCGUUACGUCAAUUCCUCUCACAUUCGUCGUCGUCAACUACUACAACGACGACGACCGUACCCGGCUCCAAUUCGCUCAAAACUACACUCCCGCUGAGGGAGAUAACAUCCAUUUGUAAUGACGAGGACUACAUCAUCCUCCUGCACCUUCCGCACAGUAUCAAUAAGAGCAGCAGCCCAAACAAUCAAAAACACGCAGAUGCAACAAUCCUCCUCAAACCAUCUAGCACGCCAAAGUCCCACUUGAAGGCAUGGAUGCAUGCACUCCUCGCUACACGACUCCUAGUGCACUCAGAAGACGGGCAAGGUGGCAGUGGCAGUAGCAGCAGCCAGGACGAAACGGGGAGAGCGCUAGCGACUCUCUCACGCACGCUGGGCUACCUAAAUGACGGGGGUCGGUUCGAGAGGUAUAUUGAUUCGCUGAGAGAGGGCGGGUGGGAUGUUGAUGGGGAGGGAGGUGGAUCUGCGCUGGAGACGAGAGUUGGGGGGAGAGUUGUUGUUUCUUCCUCUUCUUCAUAG